UUUGAGCAACCAAACAAAAACAAGUGCCUUAAAAAAAGUGCAUCUUUAUGUUACUUGAGUCUUAAAUCAUCGGAAAGUACAAUUCCAUUAAACAAUGAGACCAAACUAGAAACGCAGAUCAAAUCCCUCUCCCAAAUUCAUGGAUUUCACGGAAUUGGAGUCAAUUGAAGGACUCCGUUGGUCGUGGAAUUCAUGGCCAACAACCAAAAACGACGCCACAUCACUCGUGGUCCCCCUCAGCAUAAUGUGCACCCCAUUAAUGCAAUCAUCGGAGCUCCCAAUUCUCCCGUACGAGCCGCUAACCUGCUCUCGGUGCUCCGCCGUCUUAAACCCAUACGCACGUGUCGAUUACCAGUCACGUGUCUGGGUCUGUCCUUUCUGUUACUGUAAAAACCCUUUCCCUAUUUCUUAUUCCGGUAUCGGCGAAACCAAUCUUCCGGCUGAGUUGUUUCCCACUUAUAGUACUGUAGAAUAUAAAAUCGAUAAGACCGAUGUGAAAUUCGGGUCGGGUUUGAGUUUGAGGUCGGGCUCGGUAAAUGGGCUGUACUCGUCCAGUACUUCUUCUUUGUCUUCCAUGGUUGGGUCUACUCCGAGAAAUGGCGGCGGUGGGUGUGGGGAGGUGGGGCCGGGGUUUGUGUUUGUGGUGGAUGCUUGUACGGACGAGGAGGAGCUUAAGGUGGUUAAGAAUGAGCUAUUGUUGGUUAUUGAACGGUUGCCUGAAAAUUCAAUUGUGGGUUUGAUUGUUUUUGAUUCGAUGGUUAGGGUUUAUGAUUUGGGGUUUUUGGGGUGUUGUAGAGUUGUUGUGUUUCAUGGUGAACGCGAGGUUUCUUCUGAGCAGACUCAACAGCUUCUAGGCUUGAAUCGUAUGAAGCAGCAGCAACUCGGAAAAUCACCAUUUCAUCAGAAUCAGGGAUAUUUGAUACCUGUAUCUGAAUGUGAGUUCAAUAUCGUUACAGCAAUUGAAGAAAUUCGCUCUUUAGCUGUAGUAAAGCCUGGUCACCGCCCACAGAGAUGCACAGGUUUGGCAAUCUCGGUUGCGCUCGGACUUCUUGAAGGAUGUUUAGGCCAUACAGUGUCUCGUAUUAUGGUCUUCACUUCUGGACCUGCAACUUUGGGCCCGGGAAUCAUUGUUGAUUCAGAUCUUAGUAACGCCAUCAGAAAUCAUAAAGACCUCAUCAAUGGUCAAGCGCCGUACUAUAGGAAAUCAUGCAACUUCUACAAUCGGCUUUUGCAGAGAUUAUCUGAUGCAUCUGUUGUUCUUGACUUAUUUGCCUGUUCUCUUGAUCAAAUAGGAGUAGCAGAGCUAAAAGGCCCUGUUGAGAGGUCUGGUGGAUUCAUGAUGUUCGGAGAGUUAUUUGACUCGGAACAAUUCAGAAAGUGCUUGCGGCAUAUUUUUAGUCAUGAUGAAGAGGGGAAUUUGAAGAUGUAUUUCGAUGCAACUAUUGAUGUGGUAACUACCAAAGAUUUAAAAGUUUGUGGAGCUCUAGGACCUUGUGUUUCUCUUCGGCAGAAAAAUGGAAUAGUGAGUGAUCGUGAGACGGGGGAGGGUGGAACCUACAAGUGGAAGUUGGGUACGGUAACGAACAAAACAUGCUUAGCUUUCUUCUUUGAAGUAAGUGAUCAGCAGAAAGCACAUCCCGGCUCUGCAUUCUUUAUACAAUUCAUAACACGUUAUCGACACGGUAAUAUGGGAGUUCGGAAAAGGGUUACGACUGCUGCUAGAAGAUGGGUCGGUAACAAGUCAGCAGAAAUAACUGCUGGUUUUGAUCAGGAAGCAGCUGCUUCUGUCAUGGCCAGACUCGCCAUUCACCGAUCAGAAACAUGUUAUGCUCGAGAUGUUAUCAGAUGGCUUGACGACAGCCUUAUUUGUUUUGCCUCCAAGUUUGGGGACUAUAUCCAUGAAGAUCCAUCUACGUUCCGUUUGUCAACGAGUUUCUCUCUUUAUCCGCAGUUUAUGUAUUAUUUGAGGAGGUCCCAAUUUAUCGAUGUUUUCAAUAGUACUCCCGAUGAAACUUCGUUCUUCCGACUAAUGUUGAACCGUGAAGGAGUUGUGGGUUCACUUAUUAUGAUACAACCUACAUUAUUUCAGUAUUCUUUUGACGGUCCCCCUGUUCCGGUCCUUCUAGACGUUUGUUCAAUCUCUCCCGAUGUAAUUUUACUCUUCGAUUCUUACUUCCAUGUGGUGAUUCACUACGGGUCCAAGAUUGCUCAUUGGAAGAAACUCGGUUAUCACAAAGAUUCAAGCCACGAGAAUCUGAGAAAGCUGUUGGAAGCUCCAGAACUCGACGCACAACAAUUGGUGGCAGAGCGAGUUCCGGCACCGAGACUGAUAAAAUGCGAUCAGCACAGCAGUCAGGCUAGGUUUCUUCUUGCCAAGUUAAAUCCAUCAGUUACCCAGAACUCGACGUACACGGAAGGAUCAGAAGUUAUACUUACUGAUGAGUUGAGCUUGCAAGAGUUCAUAGAUCACUUACAAACCCUUGCAGUGAAGGCUUAAAAAGGCAUUGUUGUACAGAAUUUCAUCACUCAAGAGUUAAAGCUAUACAUUUUUUGGUGUAUAUUGUUUCCAAUACAUGUGUUGUCUGGUUGAUAUAGCAUAAGCAAGUGCGAAUGUUAAUACGCAUGCAGUUGCUUCUUGUUAUGAGUCACGCUCUCAAAUGCAACCAAUUGAUGAUCUCCUGGUAAUCGAUAGGCCAUCUUCUGACAAUCAGUAAGUGAGCUCCAGUUAAACAAAUAGAAAUCAAAGAGGUCCAGACUUUUGGUGCUUGGAAGGCAUUCUGAUGAUUAAAUCAGUACGGAUUUUGUAACAUUAAAGGUGAAUCGUGAAUCAGAUGAGUAUUUCAAAUGCAUUACCGUUGCAAAAUGACAUGCGUCGUAAAUUUUGGCAUUGAUGUAGUUGGUGUGAGGUUCCUUGUUUCACGGAUUUUGGAGAAUAUGGGGAUUUGUCGUGCUCUUUUGGACUGUCGAAAUAGCCGCUCUACUUAUAGGCGAGUUAGGGAGGUAGUCUUUAGCCGUUUUCCUAAUUCCCGUAGGAAUUCCAUAUAUUAAAUCUGUAACACUUGAUUAUGAUUGAAAAAUAUGCAGGAGUGGAGUUAUUUUGAGUGGCAGAUGAAGUAGAGUUAGAAAAUUUAGCAACUGCACAACCACUUUAUCGGCCAAAGCAGAAACGUAAGGUAGAUAAGGUGCACUAACUCCAUUCUAGACAAUGUUUAAUACAGAGAUGUGCUGAUUUAUGUUAUGUUUAAAAUUAGGAGUCAAGUAACCACAAUUCUAUUGUCUUGCAUAUCUCCAGAACGUAAAUGUUUAAAUAGAAUGAGUAUACAAAAUUUAUUUCAA